AUGUCGUUUAAUUCUAAGUCCUCUAAGUCUCAUGCAGAGGCAACAGUGAACAAGCUAUUUUCAAGCUUAUUGCCUGGUGUCCAGGGAACUACUGCAAAGCAAUCACCAUCUUUGUCAUCAGCCGAGCUUCUUAGUAUCGAAAUUGAGAACAAGAAUAAAUUAAGUAACGAAGAGCUCAAGAAAAUCCACAAGCAGAACAAACUAAAGCAACAUAAGAAAAUAAAGAAGGCAUUAGAAGACGAAAAGAAAUUUAACAAAUUAGCCAAAUAUCACCUUAUCAAGCAUCAUAAAUCAGGAGGAGAUUUAUCAGAAGAAGAAGCGAAAUAUUUAAAAAAGCUCGUCAAGAAGAACGUUAAUUCGUUAAAUAGAGUUUCUGAAAUCGAUGAUAUGGAAAUAAAAUCGGAAUUAGAUCAAGUGAGACAAGAUAUUUUGAGAAUUAACAAAGAGAAGCAUGAUAAGAAAGCCAAAAGAAUUCAAAAUAAGAAAACGAAAGAUUUUAAUAGUAAGGUUGCUAAGGGUGUGAUCUCAUAUCCUGGUUUGACACCUGGUUUAGCGCCUGUUGGAUUAGAAGACUCCGAUGAUGAAUAA